AGAAAACCAAAAUAAAUAAAAAAAAGAAGCCGAGAGAUCAUGAGAAAGAAGGUGAAGUUGACAUGGAUCGAGAAUGAGGCUGCGCGUAAGGCGAGCCUGCGAAAGAGGCGCCCAGGGCUAUUGAAGAGCGUCAGCGAGCUGACGACGCUGUGUGGGUUGGAGGGGAUGUGCUUGAUCUACGGCCCUGGGGAAGAGCAUCCAACGGUGUGGCCAUCGCAUGAGGUGGCAGAGCAGUUGCUGAAGAGGUUUCUGUCGUUGCCGGAGAUCGAGCGCAGCAAGAAGAUGACCAACCAAGAAGGAUACCUGCAUGACGCCAUUCUCAAGGCGCAGGAGAACCACCGCAAGGAGCUCCGAAAGUUGCAGAACAUGGAGUUGUCGUGGCUCAUGGACGAGGUUCAUCACGGUAAAGGGCUUCAGAAGUUGGAGCCGUUCCAGCUCAGCUACCUGGGUUGGCUGAUCCAGGAGAAGAUCCAGGAGAUUCGUAAGCGGAUCGAGCUUGGCGGACCUAUUCCACAGGAUGGGGCGGAGGUGGUGGAGGAGCAGGAGGAUAGGAAGCCGGAGCUUGGGAGGGAUGGUGAUGAUGCGGGUUCGGGGAUGGCGCCUGCUGAUGACGGUCGUCGUUGUGAGAUGGAGCUGUUUCCCGGCGGAGGAGGUAGCGGCGGCCACUGACAUUAAAUACAGUGGUUGAAGGCGGCGGUGUGGCCCCUGGAUUGUUUUUGUCUUUCCAAUUUCCAUUCUAGCAAACUGAUUGCAUGUUUUUUUAUUCUAGAAAUUGGGACUUUGCGGUUUAAUUUUGCUUCGGUAAUUUUGCGUUUUUUAAGAGAUGAUAGUAUGGCGGUAUGGGUAUUGUUAUGCUUUCGUUAUGCAUGUUUCAUUUCCAGUCGCCUUGAAUGAAUUUCAUUUUGCCAA